AUGGGUGGGUCACUUCCAUCUGCAUCUGGUCAGAAAGGGUCAAAUUCAUCUGGUUUGCCACACCAGAUGGGCGGGUCACUUCUGUCUGCGUCUGGUCAGGAAGGGGCCAAUUCACCUGGUUUGCCACACAAGAUGGGCGGGUCACUUCCGUCUGCAUCUGCUCAGGAAGGGAAUAAUUCACCUGUUUUGCCACAUCAGAUGGGUGAGUCACUUCCAUCUGCAUCUGGUCAUGAAGGGACAAAUUCACCUGGUUUGCCACAUCAGAUUGGUGGGUCACUUCCAUCUGCAUCUGGUCAGGAAGGGGCCAAUUCACCUGGUUUGCCACACCAGAUUGGCGGGUCACUUCCAUCUGCAUCUGGUCAGGAAGGGGCCAACUCCUCUGGUUUGCCACAUCAGAUUGGCGGGUCACUUCUGUCUGCGUCUGGUUUGGAAGGGGCCAAUGCACCAGGCUAA